UCCGUCACCUGUGCAGGUUGUACGGUUGCGCGCACGCAUCGCGAUUCGCUAAUUUGAAUUUUAUCACGUUAAACCGGACUUCGCGUCCGAUAUUCUUUUGUGUUCCGUUAGUGUGACUUAGUGCUUGUGACAUUGGAAACGAAACUUGUAUUGAUCUGUGUGUUUUUUUUGUUUGUUUGCGCCGGAUUUCUCAUGAUAAGCAGGAUAUUCAGUGGUCACUCAGAGGGAAGAUCAAGACAAUAGCUUAUAUCUUAGAAACGUACAAAUAAACAACAAGAAAUACAGGCCAGCCGUGCGGAUUAUAGACCCACAUUCGCACCGGAACUAUUAUGCCUUAUACAUCGAGUAUCUAAUCCGACGCACCUGACUCGAAUAAACAGUAGAACCCGUUACUAAUUAUGCCGGUUCAUUAAACAAUCACGAUGGAGGAGGUUACAUCCCGGCCGAGCGUCGAAUACAUCCCCCCUCUGCCGCCAAAAGCAAUGCAGAGGCCCGGCUCGACUACUUUUACACAAAUUACCAACGACGAUGCUAAGCUCAGAGUGAACGGAUUCACUGAUAGCCGUGCCGACAUGGACUCUCUAAGUUCGAUGCACUCGCUUGUCCUUAAUUCUAAGGCUCCAUCUGCAACGGUAUUCGUUGCGGCGACCCAGUCAAACGGACCCGCGAGCACGCCUAGCUCAGACGCACUCGCUGCUAACGGCCCGCACGUUGUCACCAUCAGAAUCAACACCGAUGCAGACAAACCCAAAGCGCCCAAGAUAUCGAGCGUACACCUGAAGAGUGACGUCGACUUCGACACAUUCAAGAUCAACGAUACCAACAAGAAAAACAACAGCCUAGUCCUGCUCAACGUAGAGGAAAAUCGACCAAAAAUACUAGAGAGCGAAGAUCUAAGCAAGGUUGACAAAGCACCGUACAUUAACUGUAAUCCGUACGUGAAUCCGAUGACCAACAUGAUAUUGUCUAGCGGCCAGUGCUCGCCGAGCGACACAUUGGAUUCGGGCACAUGCAGUGACCUUGACGGCACGCCGCCGCCGCUACCAAAAAAGAAGUCGUUCAAAUCGAGCUCUUCCAAGAAAUCCGUAUCCGUCACAGUCAUUAGCUCCACAAGAAAUCAGGGUGAAUUAGAUUUUGAAGAUAACGACUCGAACAUAUCGUGCGACUCGCUUAACAGUAGCGAGCUGAAUGGGAGCGUGCAUGCCGAGGAAAGUCACAUCGAAGAGGCGAGCAAAAAGAAACAAUCGCCCGAGCCUUCCAUGCAAACGUUCGCUAAAGUGAACAAUAAAGACAGCUUUCUACCGCAAGGUUUGUUGCAAGACAUUAGAGACCGCUCGGCGAAACUCGCAACAGUCGACAUUGAAAGUGAUCAAGAGCGUCAAAGGGACGCUAGCCAGAAUAUUGAUGAGGAUGCUAAUGUUCCGAAAGAAAGUGCACAGCUGACGUCGUUCCUAUUGGUUUCGCAGUUUAAUAACGAGCUAAAGAAAAACGGCGCCGACUCCUCCGCAACGAACCAAAACAAAGCGCCGCUUAUUAGCGAGACUACGUAUGAAGAAAGGAAAAAAAUAGACAAAAUGAAAGAGGAGCAAAUUUGUUACAGCAGCCAUUAUUUCGAUACGGACAAGUUUUACGAUUUUCACCUUAAUGAAAAACAGUUCGAUGACGUGUCUGUGCAUAGUGUUAGUGUUAAAAGUGAGUGUCCUGAAGUGUCGGACAUGGAAUAUUUUGCUGGUAUAAAGGACUUUAAAAAUGAGGAAACGCCUUCCACCAUAAAGAGCUCGAAAGGAACUAUCCGGGGUGUGAAAAACCGGGUGCGAGCUGGAAUUGCCACCUUCCUUCAAAUGCAGACCACUACUAAGAGUUACAAAGAAAAAGACGCGGGAAAAGUGGUAGUGUAUACCACGACGAUGGGCAUCGUACGAAGUACUUACCAGCGGUGUGUCCUCGUGAAGAAGAUCCUCAGGAACCUGCUCAUCAAGUUUGAGGAGCGGGACGUGUUCAUGAGCAUGGAGUACCAGGACGAGAUCAGGGAUAGGAUGCGGAGCGAUCAGAUAUUAGUGCCGCAAUUGUUCAUUGAUGGGCAUCAUAUUGGAGACGCAGACACGGUGGAAAAACUGAACGAGAGCGGCGAAUUGAGGAAAAUGCUGAAACCUUAUAAGAGUCCAGACGCCUGCAACACCUGCCAGAUGUGUGGUGGAUUCCGACUACUGCCUUGUCGAAUUUGCAACGGGUCCAAAAAGAGCCUCCAUAGAAAUCACUUCACGGCCGAGUUCGUUGCUCUUAAGUGCAUGAAUUGUGAUGAAGUGGGCCUUGUUAAGUGCGAAGCGUGUUCUUGAAAUAAUUAGGAAAGCUUAGAAAAAAAUUGAGAGAAAAUUUUUUUUUGUAUAAAUUUUUAGAUGAAAUUUUGGCGCGUGUUCUUAUGUAUUAUAAUUGGUGGGCUAAUUUUGUUUUUGAAUAAAUAUCAAAAAUCAUUUCUGAGGCCUUUUAAUAUGUAGGUUUUAUAAGAAUGAAAUUAAGAAUUGUAUUACUUAUAUGAAUUUUUUUGUACCAAUAUAAAUGUGAGGUGAAAUUACGGAUUUGAAACUAUUUCUAAAAAGUUAUCAGAUAAUCUUAUUCCAACUUUGCUUUAGGAUUUACUAUCAAUGUAAAUGGUUGUGCUAUUAAUGUAUUUAUAUAAAUUUUACACCAUUUUAACAAAUGCGGUGAAUUUUUUUUAAAUAUAGACAUACCUAGGAUAUAUAUUAUUUGGAAUUAUUAUCAAAAUUUCUUGCUUCUCAAAACUAGCUUUCUUUUUCUGUAAACUAUUCUUUGUUUAGAUCUUUUGAAAAAUAUCUUUUAAAGAAAAGAUUUCACCGUAACAAUAAACAAAUAUUUAAUGUUUUAUCAAUUCUUUGCAAUAUUUAUUAGCUAAAAUUUUCCCUUGAAAUAUCGCUUCCAAGAAAAGCGCAUCAGUAAGAAGCAAAAUGUAGUGUCUUAAAGAUUUUUUAUUACAUACAUACAUUCAUUAAAUACAUGUUUUAAAAUAAUUAUAAUAUUAUGUUAAGAUUUUAUAACCUAUGAAAUGCGUGUUUCCAUGUUUUUUGUGGAAAUAAAAUGCCAUAAAUUAGUUGCAAUACGUUUUUUUAUACAAAAGUUGAUAUUGUUUUUAUUUAGCACUAAUAGGUUGUACACAUAAAUGAUAUUAUAAUGUUGUUAAUUGCUACAUUAAUAAUUAAUGAACUAGAUUCACCAAUAUAUUCGUAAAUCUUAAAUAACGCUCGUUCCAACAGAUGGCGCUAUUACAAAUUUCAGUAGCGCCAUCUUUUAAAAAAUUACGAACAUUUUUUUAGUUACAAAGUUUCAUUUUUACAUUGUAUUCUGAACGAAAAUAAAUAGAGCCGAAUGGCUGGAAUUAAAUGUGAUAAUAUAAUUAAAUGAUAAUUAUUAGUAGUGGCAAACAUUACAAUAUAGUUAAGUAUGUAUAAUUUUAAGCAAUCGAAUAUAUUUAUAUUACGCGAGACUAUAUCGUAAAUUGGCAGUUUUAUCUUAGUUAUAAAAUCGCUCUGCUCAAUUUAAUCUUUUUCUAAGAUAGUUAAGUUAUUAGAUUUUUAUAUUUUUACUAGAUUUUUCUAACUUUCCACUUUUUGAUAGUCAUCUGUUUUAUCUAUAUUUACAUUUUACAGCUAAUAACAACAGUUUAAGGUUCUUGCUAAUACUUACUGUGUUAUUGUCAAAAAUUAGUCUAUUUGUAAAUAUAUUAUUAGUGAAUAAAUUUUUGAACUUUGA